AUGCCUAGUCUAGUGGUAUCUGGAAUAAUGGAAAGAAAUGGGGGCUUUGGAGAACUAGGAUGUUUCGGGGGAAGCGCUAAGGACCGAUCGGGAGCUGACUGGCCCCAGCGCAGACCUUGCCCUGUGAGUUUCCUUCUCUCUCCACUCCCCCCCCACCCCAUCCCAGGCUGCAAGAUUAAGGCUCUGAGGGCCAAGACCAACACGUACAUCAAGACGCCGGUGCGCGGCGAGGAGCCCGUGUUCAUGGUGACCGGGCGGCGGGAGGACGUGGCCACAGCGCGACGGGAAAUCAUCUCGGCGGCCGAGCACUUCUCCAUGAUCCGCGCCUCGCGCAACAAGUCGGGCGCCGCCUUUGGCGUGGCUCCUGCCCUGCCCGGCCAGGUGACCAUCCGCGUGCGGGUCCCCUACCGCGUGGUGGGGCUGGUGGUGGGCCCCAAGGGGGCAACCAUCAAGCGCAUCCAGCAGCAGACCAACACGUACAUCAUCACGCCGAGCCGCGACCGCGACCCGGUGUUCGAGAUCACGGGUGCGCCGGGGAACGUGGAGCGCGCGCGCGAGGAGAUCGAGACGCACAUCGCGGUGCGCACGGGCAAGAUCCUCGAGUACAACAACGAGAACGACUUCCUGGCGGGGAGCCCCGACGCCGGCCUGGACAGCCGCUACUCGGAGGCCUGGCGGGUGCACCCGCCCGGCUGCAAGCCGCUCUCCACCUUCCGCCAGAACAGCCUGGGGUGCAUCGGCGAGUGCGCCGUGGACUCCGGCUUCGAGGCCCCGCGCCUGGGCGAGCAGGGCGGGGACUUCGGCUACGGCGGCUACCUGUUCCCGGGCUACGGCGUGGGCAAGCAGGACAUGUACUACGGCGUGGCCGAGACCAGCCCCCCGCUCUGGGCGGGCCAGGAGAACGCCGCGCCCACCUCGGUGCUCUUCUCCUCCGCCUCCUCGUCGUCGUCCUCGUCCGCCAAGGCCCGCGCCGCGCCGCCGGGGGCGCACCGCUCUCCCGCUGCCUCGGCGGGGCCUGAGCUGGCCGGACUGCCCAGACGCCCGCCGGGAGAGCCGCUGCAGGGCUUCUCCAAACUGGGGGGCGGCCUGCGGAGCCCCGGCGGCGGGCGGGACUGCAUGGUGUGCUUCGAGAGCGAGGUGACGGCCGCCCUCGUGCCCUGCGGACACAACCUGUUCUGCAUGGAGUGUGCAGUGCGCAUCUGCGAGAGGACCGACCCGGAGUGUCCCGUCUGCCACAUCACGGCCACGCAAGCCAUCCGAAUAUUCUCCUAAGCCCCCUGCCCCGGCCUCCUGGCUCCCUCCCUGGGGGGAGGGGGGGGGCGCCCUGGAUCUGUUUUCCACUGGGGCCUUUUGGAAAUCAGUGAUCUGAGGGCAAGGUGCUUAGAGACA